AUGCUUCAAUUCGCCCUCCUGGCAGCGGCAAUUACAUCAAUAUAUGUGUCAAGACAUUAUUCACCUCUAUUAGCGGCCUUGGGGUUUUCCAUAGUGGGUUACCAGGCUACUAAUGCCCUAAUUCCACGUGUAUCGUCUUCUUUCAUCAAGAUAGGAUUGUUUGGUAAAGACCUGAGCAAGCCUGGAAGACCAGUUAUUCCUGAGAGUAUUGGUGCAAUUUCCGCCACUGUCUACUUGUUUAUAAUGUUCUUCUACAUUCCGUUUCUGUUCUACAAGUAUCUGGUGGUGAUAACUUCUGGAGGCGGUCACCGCGACUUAUCCGUCAUGGAAUCAGUCCAGGAGGAAUAUUUAUUUCCCCAUGGUAAGAUGUCAGAGUAUCUUAGCGCUGUUUUGUGUCUACAGAGCACUGUGCUUUUAGGCAUGGCCGAUGAUUUAUUUGAUUUGAGGUGGAGACAUAAGUUCUUUUUGCCUGCAGUCUCUGCAAUUCCAUUGUUGAUUGUGUAUUAUGUGGAUUUUGGUGUGACUUAUGUUUUGAUACCAGACGUGAUCCAAAACUGGCUUCAAACAUCCAAGACAGCAGUCAAUUUGGGGGGCUUUUACUAUAUGUACAUGGCAGCCAUGGCAAUAUUUUGUCCUAAUUCCAUAAACAUAUUGGCAGGCGUGAAUGGCCUUGAAGUUGGCCAGAGCAUUGUUUUGGGUGUGAUUUCUCUGGUAAACGAUUCUUUGUACUUGACACUUGGCACCGAAGCGUCGAAAGAAGCACACAUGUUUUCUGCGAUUCUAAUUAUUCCAUUCCUGGGUGUCGCUCUAGCGCUUUGGAAGUGGAAUAAAUGGCCUGCCAAAGUUUUUGUGGGUGACACCUUUUGUUACUUUGCGGGCAUGAUCUUCUCGGUCGUCGGUAUUUUAGGUCACUUUUCUAAGACCACUUUGCUGUUGUUCAUCCCACAAACGUUUAACUUCGCGUAUUCUAGUCCACAACUCUUUGGAUUGGUACCUUGCCCUAGACACAGAAUGCCUCGCUUCAAUGAAGGUGAUGGAUUGAUGUAUCCAUCGCGAGCUGACUUGGUAGCAAAACCUCCCAAAAAAGUGAUGAUUCCUGUGCUCAAGUCUUUAUAUUUACUAAGACUGAUAGACAUCGAAACUGAUGCAAAGACUGGGGUUCUGCAAAAUUGCACUAACAUGACGCUGAUAAAUUUAGUUUUGGUAUGGUUUGGUCCUAUGCGCGAGGACAAACUGUGCAAUCGAAUUUUGACGAUCCAAUUGGUAAUCGGGUUGCUAGCCAUUUUGGCGAGACAUUCCAUAGGGUCAUUUAUAUUUGGCCACGAUAAUAUCCAGUUUUUAUAA